CCGCGCUCGUGGGCUUUCGGCUCUGGGCAACUCGGCUCUGCUCGGCUCCGGCUGCAGCGCUGGUGGGGGUCGGCGGCGGGUAUGACAGCGGCUGCGGUGCGCGGCUGAGCGGGCGGCGAGCGAGCACUGGGUAGAGAAGGAAGUGGGGCCGGGAGUCCGCCCCAUCUUGCAGAGUGGGGAGACUUCUCCGCCGGGCUCCGCGCUCUUCGCCCGCGCCCUGUCCUGCCCCGCCUGUCCCAGCCCGGCUUCCGCGCCCAGACUCUCCUGGCCCCGCGGUCAGGGCCAUUGUGGCCCCGCCGCUCGGAGCGCCCCAGCUUGAGCCGGUGCACCAGGGAGGGACGUUCGCGGGCUCGUCCCUUGCCUUUCUACUGUGUGAGAGAGUGCCGGAGCCCCCACCGCGGGCUGGCACAGGGUUCUCAGAGCCCCCGAGUGAGCGCCGAGAAGCCGGGACACACCCAGCCUCGGGUCCCCUGACACCAGACCUGCAAGGUGCCUCCGACCGGGCGCCUCGGACUUGGGACUGUGCGAGCGCCCAGUAAGCCCCGGCGCGCGGUGCGGGUCCCCAGGUGGGCUGGACAGUCGGUGAGCCGGACCGAGCAGGUGCUGUGAGCCCGAGCUGCCAGCUUCCUGCUGCCCUAGGCGAGGUGGCUCUGCACGUGCCCCAAGGAGGACACCGGGAGCCCCGCUGCCCCGGAGGCCAGGAGCCCAGCGCUGCAGCUUUCCCAGCAAAGUGACAUCACCACCUCCUCAGACAGGACAUCCCCAGGAGCCCAGCUCAGAGCCACUGGAACCUUCUUCCAGGACCAACCAGGGGCCUCCAUGGGCGCCUAGGGCCCAGCGCCAAGGCAGUGGGCACGAGCAUGGUGAGACACCAGCCCCUGCAAUACUAUGAGCCCCAGCUGUGCCUCUCCUGUCUCACAGGCAUCUAUGGCUGCCGCUGGAAGCGCUACCAACGUUCUCACGAUGACACCACUCCAUGGGAACGCCUCUGGUUCCUGCUCCUCACCUUUACCUUCGGCCUCACACUCACCUGGCUCUACUUCUGGUGGGAAGUCCGCAAUGACUAUGAUGAAUUCAACUGGUACCUUUAUACCCGCAUGGGCUACUGGAGUGACUGGUCAGUGCCCAUCCUCCUGACCACAGCUGCUGCCUUUACGUACAUCGCAGGCCUCCUGAUCCUGGCACUAUGUCAUGUCGCUGUGGGGCAGCAGAUGAACCUGCACUGGCUGCACAAGAUGGUGCUGGUGGCCAUCCUGGUGGCCACGGUGGUUGCCAUGUCAGCUGUAGCGCAGCUGUGGGAGGACGAGUGGGAGAUGCUGCUGAUAUCUGUGCAGGGCACAGCACCAUUCCUGCACAUGGGUGCCCUGGCCGCCGUCACUGCACUAUCCUGGAUCGUGGCCGGACAGUUUGCCCGUGCGGAGCGGUCCUCCUCCCAGGUGGCCAUCCUGUGCACCUUCUUUGCUGUGGUGUUUGCCCUGUACCUAGUUCCACUCUCCAUCUCCUCUCCCUGUAUCAUGGACAAGAAGAACCUGGGCCCCAAGCCUGCCCUCAUUGGCCACCGUGGGGCCCCCAUGCUUGCCCCAGAACACACGCUCAUGUCCUUCCGGAAGGCUCUAGAACAGAAGCUGUAUGGGCUCCAGGCUGACGUCACCAUCAGCCUGGAUGGAGUGCCCUUCCUCAUGCACGAUGCUACGCUGCGACGCACCACCAAUGUGGAGGAGGAGUUCCCUGAUCUGGCGCGUAGGCCCGCCUCCAUGCUCAACUGGACGGUCCUGCAGAGGCUCAACGCUGGCCAGUGGUUCCUGAAGACGGACCCCUUCUGGACAGCUAGCUCGCUGUCGCCCUCCGAGCACAGGGAGGCCCAGAACCAGUCCAUCUGCAGCCUGGGGGAGCUGCUGGAGCUGGCCAAGGGCAACGCCACACUGCUGCUCAACCUCCGAGACCCCCCAAGGGAGCAUCCCUUCCGCAGCAGCUUCCUCAACAUCACCCUGGAGGCCUUGCUGCGCUCAGGUUUUCCUCAGCACCAGGUCCUGUGGCUGCCCAACAGGCAGAGGUCCUACGUGCGGAAGGUGGCCCCUGGCUUCCAGCAGACAUCAGGCUCCAAGGAGGCAGCUGCCAGUCUGCAGAAAGGCCACAUCCAGUGGCUGAACCUGCGCUACACUCAGGUGUCCCGCCAUGAGCUCAGGGACUACGCCUCCUGGAACCUGAGCGUCAACCUCUAUACAGUCAACGCACCCUGGCUCUUCUCCCUGCUGUGGUGUGCGGGAGUCCCCUCUGUCACUUCUGACAACUCCCACACACUGUCCCAGGUGCCUUCCCCACUCUGGAUCCUGCCGCCAGACGAGUACUGUCUCAUGUGGGUCACGGCAGACCUGAUCUCCUUCACCCUUAUCGUGGGCAUCUUCGUGUUCCAGAACUAUCACUUGAUCAGGUGGCGUCUGGGUGGCAUCCGGAGCUACAACCCUGAGCAGAUCAUGCUGAGUGCGGCCGUGCGCCGGACUAGCCGGGAUGUCAGCAUCAUGAAGGAGAAGCUCAUCUUCUCAGAGAUCAGAGAUGGCAUGGAGGCCUCCGACGAACUCUCUGUCUGUUCAGACAACAGUUACGACACAUAUGCCAACAGCACAGCCACCUCUGCACACCCCCGGAGGGGCAGCUGCCACACCAAGACCCUCACGGAACAGAGUGGGUCAUAACGAAGCCCUGAUGGUGUGACACAUCAGCCACAGAGCCCAGGGGACUAGAGAAGUGUGUCUGGACUCGGAACACGCUGGGAGCUGGCUCUACAGUCUUCUGCCGGGCUCUAGCCCCUUGUCAACCAGGGCUCUCCUCAAGGAAGGGCUCUCCUCUGCCCUGGGGCUCAGUUGGGCCAAGACUCCAGCCCCAUAGGUGCCCUGCAGGCUUGGGGUUCCUCUUGGGAAAUGUGUGUCUGGGGUUGGGUCCUCUCUUGGACUGGCCUUCCAUCCUGCCCUGGGAGUGGUGAAGGGCCGCUGGAGGUGACGGUGAGUGUCAGUGCCCAAAUGUCCCCAGCUGUGUCUGUCUUCCUGCCCACAAGUGACCUCCAUUUUGAUACAGCCCAAAGGCUGGGCCUUGGCCCCAGCAAUGUGCUCUUCACUUCAAUCUCAAAGCACAAGGAGCUUCUGUCCUAGAAGAAGCUGCCACAGCUAAAAGCAGACAGUCCUCCCUGACCAGCCUCCCCCUGGAUCUUCCCCCACUCAGAGGGCACAUGCCCUGGCAGCAGGUCACAGCUGCUCCAUCUGGUGGCCCGUGGCUAUCAGAGUGACAAACCUUCGGGUUCCCACAGCAGUGGCCACAGAGGAUUCCUAGGAGAAGUGUUCUGAUUGUCAGGGUGGCUGUGUGGCCAAGGAAGCCUGCACUGGCCCAGGGGGUGGGGGGCGGGGGGAGGGGGCGCUUGACCAAGAUUAAAGCUGCCAUCUUGA